AUGCUGCCACACGCCCGAUCCUUCUACACGCCCGACCCUUCUCCUACACGCCCGACUCUUCUGCCAUACGCCCAACCUCCGCUGCUACACGCCCGACCUCCGCUACUACACCCGUGCUGCUGCCACCUGCGCUGCUACACGCCCGACCCUGCCCCGACCUACGCUGCUACACGCCCAACUGAUGCUACUUACGCCCGACCUCUACUACUACACGCCCGACACGCCCGACCUCUGCUGUUACACGCCCGACCCUGCUGCUACACGCCCGACCUCUGCUGCUACACGCCCGACCUCAGCUGCUACACGCCCGACCUCUGCUGCUACACGCCCGACUUCUGCUGCUACACAAAGACGCCGUGGACAUCUCAGUCGUGCUGGGAGAGUAUCCAGGACGUCGACUAUUACUACUAG